AAAAUGGACCAGCGAAAAUGAGGACAUUGACCAAUUUCUUCAAAAUUCACAAUUAAAUUCUACAAGACCUCAAACUUUCUCCCUUUUAAAAAACUUAGUAAUAUAAAAUAUUUAGAUAAACAAUCAGAAAGUACUUUAUAUUCUGCUGUUUGGACGGAUGGACCAAGAAUUUUAUGGGAUCAACAAAAUCAAGAAUAUAAAAGAUCUAAAGUUCAAGUUCUUAUCAAAUUAUAUCAUGAGAAUCAAGUUGAUGAAAUCUUAAAUGAGUUAUGGAUUAUUAAUACAAUUUUAUGGAAUAUCUAAACAACCUGAAAAUAACGAAUAUCUUAUUAUAAAGCAAUAUGCUCAAAAUGGUUCAUUAUAUGAUUACAUUGUUGAUAAUUUUGAUAAUAUAGACUGGGAGAUAAAAUUACAUUUACUUUAUUACCUUGCCGAAGAUUUGAAAGCAUUACAUAACGCUGGAUAUGUUCAUAGAAAUUUUCAUCCAUUUAAUGUAUUAGUAUUUGAUAAUAGCCUCUGUGCAAUAGGUUCAUUUUCAAAAUGCUGGAAGGAUUCAAUUUACACUUAUACGAACGUAUUUGGGAAUCAACAUUAUAUGGCACCAGAAUUUUUAAGUGGCAGAUCUUAUACAAAGGCCAGCGAUAUUUAUUCACUUGGGAUGAUUAUGUACACUGUUGGAACUGGACGAAUUCCUUUUAUCCCUUCUAAAAAUUUUGAAUAUCAUAUAUUUAUGAAAUUAUAUAUAUGCCAUGGGAUGCGCCCAAUUAUUUCAAAUGAUAUACCAAAAAGUUACAAAGAAUUAAUUGUAAAAUAUUGGAAUCCUGAUCCAGAUUUACGCCCUGAUAUUUCUGAAAUACAUGAUACUUUAUUGAAAUGGUGGUCGUCUGUUUACCAUAAUAGUUUAACUCCGAUAUGUCUAGAAUUCCUUACAACUAAUAAAAUUCAAAAACCGACAAUAACAAAAGAAACGAAAGAAUUAAAAGAUAUAGUGCUUCCAAACAAAAAAAAUUUAGAGCCAUCAGAAUUUAUCGAUUUUAUUGUAAGAAAUCAUUUUGUUAAAUUUAUUAAUUUAAGCGAAUUAUCAAUAGUAGCGAAACCUAUAGAAAGUGGUCAUUUUGGAAUCAUUUUAAAAACUAUUUGGAAAAAAACAAAUAAUGAGGUUGUUUGUAAAAGAUUAAAAAAUAUUGAAUCAAUUAAUUAUAAACAAAUUGAGGCAUUUCUCCACGAAUUAAACAUGCAUAGAAGACUUGAUUUUUGCUCAAGAAUUAUACGUAUAUUAGGAAUAAGCUUUGAUGAAUGUACAAAAGAGUAUUUAUUUAUAAUGCAAUAUGCUGAUGGUGGAAAUUUACGCAAUUAUCUUAAAAAAAAAUUUUCAAAAUUAACUUGGAAUGAUAAAAUCAAAUUAGCCUAUCAAAUUACUGAAGGAAUCAAAUAUCUUCAUGGAGAAAAUAUUCUUCAUCGAGAUUUACAUUCCAAAAAUAUAGUAAUACAUCAAGGGGAAGCUAAAAUAAUUGAUCUUGGUAUUGCAAAAAGUACAGAAACCGAAACACAUCUUCAUUCAGGUUUAUUUGGUAUGAUUCCGUAUGUUGAUCCUAAAUUAUUAGAAAGCGAUUCUUAUACAUACGAUAAAAAGUCUGAUAUUUAUAGUUUAGGUGUUCUCAUGUGGGAAUUAUCUAGCGGUCAUCCU